ACAACAGUGUUAACAAAUAUUUUUAUAAGUUAAUCGAGUCUUGUCCACUGGAAACCGACCAGCCUUUGAAAGAAAAUUGCUCAAAGAUAAGAAGACCUUCAGAACGCCUUGUUUUGCCGCCAGUAUCCAGUACGGAAAGUAAUCUGUGAUAUUGGAAUAAACAUUGCGCAAUUUGCCAUAAUAUCUCAUCUUUUCAACCAUGGAGUUUAAUCUUUGAUUGUAAAGAACCGACGGAUUUCAACUAUUUAUCUUCCUAUGAUGAUAUAGUAGACACAGCUAAUAGAGCCGGGUGUUCGAUUGCUUUCCGAGGAAAUGGAAAAGAAUGUGAUGUUGAUGAACAUGAAAGCCUUAUUUCAGUUUGUAACGUUACCGGAAACUGGAAAAAUUUUGAUUAUUCAAUUGAUUUUGCAUGUAGAAGCGGCUUCAAAAUCCCGUACAAAAACGUUUUCAAAAAUGUUUUCUGUUAUAUCUGUAAUCCGGCUUCUGUAGAACAAAACAGCAGUUUAAAAGUUCAAGAUUGUGUGGAUAUGCCGAUGUUUUCAAAACUCUGUAAAUAUUUCCCUGAAACAAUAUCCUUAUCACCUUAUAGAAAUAUUUUCUGCUUCCUGUGCACAGACAUUCCAGAAAAGCAAUACAAGGCAAUUAUUACAUUAUUAAAUAAUAAAAAAGAUGCAGUUGAAAUAAAGUACGAAAUCAGUUUGUUUUCUGAAAUUCUUGAACAUUAUUAUUACAGGAAAUGGACUGAUGAACACAUCAAAAGUAUUGUUAAUGCAGACAUCGAGCCCUUGUUGUCAGAUAUAAACAUAACUAGUGUUGUGAUAAAAAGUACUGCCUUUUCUGGUGGUGGUCUCUGCAAUACGAGUCUUUACUCUACGUAUCUUAGAAAUAUGGCAAGACAGUGUUCCUGUAGACUUGGAUGUUUUCGAGAUUGUUGUAUUGACCACGCACUCUCAUAUCCUGUCACUGCCUGUAUUAACAAUGCCUUCCCACCAAAACAGGUUGAAAUUGGCGGAAAUUUAGUUGUAAACAAAUGCUUUUAUGAACUAGGAGGUCUGUCUCGUGUAUGGAGGAACAUUCAGACGAUUUUUUAAAUGCAGUUCCUGUUACAGACACUCAAAGGAAAACGACGUAUAAAAAUAUAUUUUGCUACUUUUGUAAUGUUGAAAACAAGACAUCUACAGUGCCAAAAACAAACUUCAAACAAAAAGAAGUUUCGCCAUGGAAUCUUAUAGUCUUCUGUAAAGAUUUCAUAAACCCUGACUACUUUCCCUCGUUCCAUGCAUUUAUCAGCAUUUUAAAACAAAUGAACUGCAGAAUAAGUCUACAGCUCUAUAAUUCUGCAACGAAAUGUGAAGUUAGAAACCCCAAUGUAAAAGUUUGUAACACUACCGGAUUUUGGAGUAAGGAAGACGUCGACAUUAAGCGAGCAUGUGAAAGAAUCCGUCAAGGAAGACUUCCGGUAAUAGAGGGAACAGGAAACGAUCGUAAAUUCUAUAAAAAUACAUUCUGCCAAAUGUGUAACCCAGUUUUUAAGGAGACUAAAGACAUCAUUACGUCUUGUGAGAAAACGAAAGUAAAUGUACAGGAAUAUGCAGAGGAAGCAUGCGGGAAACUUCCUACUGUUCAAAUGGCGUCAAAUUAUAAAAACAUAUUUUGUGAACGAUGUAAUGGCUAUGCAUUAAGAAAUGACAAAAUAGGUCGUUUUCACCCUUUUCCACCGCGCAUGGGUUAUCAUCCUAACUUCUUUGUCCCACGUAUGGAUUUUAUUCCAGGAUCACAUGGUUUUUAUGAUACUAUUGCGGGAAGAAACCGUAAAAUGGAACGUAUGACGUAUUUCAGGACAAUAUUUGCACUCAAUGUAUAUACCAACAAUGUACCACAAGAACAAUACAAAUCAUGCCCUCCUGAUCAUCAACAAACCACACUGAAGAAUGAUUGCAAAAACAAGACAUGUUAUCCCGGCAAGAUAUUACAAAAUUACUCAUGUGUUUCCCUACUGAAGCAAAUAAAGAACCUCCGACUUGUCCUGUACUUUUGGAUGCAUCAGACUGACAAUGGAUCCAGGCCGAUAACACUCCACGCAUGGCGGAUCCUACAAUUAUUACAAUUCACCAUAUACCAGAAAAUCAAGUCAAUUACAAAUUCAACAUCUUCAGUAGAAUUGGAAGAAACCAUUCUUCUUUCAAACAAACCUUGCCAACAGCGUGAUAUAACUGGGCUUAAAGUCUACGCACAAUUAGUUAUAUUCAUUAAUGGCUAUGUCAAUCGCCUGGAGAUAGAACAAAAUCUACUGAAUUUUUCUAAUUCUUUGCAGUACUUUGUUUUCGAUUCGCUAACAUAUGAGUUUAAAUUGUCACAAGUUUUAUUCACUCCAGUUUUUCCAUUCUUUCUCCAGAAAUGUCUUUUGACAGAUGACAUGCGACAUGGAAAGAACUCGAGGAAUCUACAAAACUCGUGGAGUGUAGGAAGCUCUUGGCUUACAAAGACUUCCAUGGAUGGAGGAAACAGGACACUCGCGAGCUCAGUGUACAGGAAGACGUAUGUCAAUAAGUUACUUCUUUGUCAGCAGGUCUUCUUAUAUCCCUCAGAAUACGUCUACAACAGUGCCACGGAAACCCUCAAAAUAAGAGAAAUGGACCUUACUCUACCAAAAGAUAAGUUUUUACUUGAUGCGGACAAUUCAGUGAGAGUAUGCGCAGACGAAUUAACAAAAACUUUUAAGACAAAAAGAAGUAUUGAGAAUAAUUCUAACUUGUUGUUACCGUGGAUAACCUUCAUCUGUAUUCUUAUUUCUCUCAUCUGUCUGUCGGUAACAUUGAUCAUUUAUUGUUUAUUCUCAACACUUCGAACACUUCCUGGCUUGAAUAACAUGUGUCUGAUUAUUUCUCUCUUCUUCGCUCAAACUAUGACUAUAGCACGGCCCUAUGCUCUUGCUAUCCAUUCUGUUGCGAUUGUACCUUCCAUAACGUUGCAUUUUUCAUGGCUGUCUGUAUUUUUCUGGCUUCAGAUCUGUUCAUUUCACAUGUUUCGAGUCUUUACCAGCAAAACUCACAUUAUUAAAAGUGAAAGAGAAAACACAUGUAUAUUCAUAAAGUAUGCUUGCUAUGCCUAUUGUUUCUCGGGGUUGAUUGUACUGAGUCACAUCAUUGUAAAUCUAGUUAUCUCUAACGGACAUCGCACUGGCUAUGAAAACAGGAAUAACCUCGUCAAUGACAGAAUAGCCUUCAUUGUCACCGUGAUAUCACCAAUGGUAUUAAUCUGUUUCAGCAACUCUAUUUUCUUUGUUGUUACAGUACAUCACAUACACACUACCCCACAUGCGCAGAAGAACCGGAAACCAGCCGUAGAUGUGUGGGUGUACGUGAAGCUGUUUUGUCUCACGGGUCUGUCGUGGAUUUUUCAGGUAGUAGAUUCCUUUCUCUCCCUGUCUUUUCUGUCAUACGUUGUUGCUAUUCUCAAUGGGUUGCAGGGCUUGUUUCUGUUUCUAAGUUUAGUCUGUAAUGGGAGAGUUCUUAGAUUGUGUUGCAAACAAAAAGCAUUUGACUCCUCUACACAUAACUCUUCAUCUCGUUUUAAUUCAUCGAAAAAUUCCACUAAGUUUUAGUACA